UGUAGUGGAAACCAAGACUGUUCUCAGGGCGGGUCUGCCGGUUUUGACUAGAAGAAGUUACUUUUAGUGGCAGGCUAUGACAAUUCGAUCAAGUUUAGGAAAAUGGGUACGGUUAGAUAAAAUGCAAAAACACACAACAUACUGUAUCUAGCUACAACCAGGUCUGCCCUGAGAACACUCUUGGUUUCCACUAAUGCGAUCACAACAGUUGAUCGAACUGUUGUGAUCACGACUUGUUCUGUCUUGCUCAGGACCAGUCUGACUGCUGGAAAUACAUAUCUCAAGAUAGGGCGGCUACUCGACUUCACAGGAAUUUACCUAAUGUAAUUUAUUCAUACAGGGAUGUCCAAGGAGACCAACACACAGGAGCAGUAACAUGGCUGCUGACGACAAAUCCUCCUCCUCGUCCUCUACGCUGGAUUGGAGUGUGGCGCCUCCUAUUUCCCCUGGCAGCCCAUCUCACCUGACACACUUCAAACCCCUGACUCCAGAGCAGGACGAGCCCCCGCUCCGAUCAGCAUACAGCUCCUUUGUCAACCUGUUCCGCUUUAACAAAGAGGAGGGGCGGCCACCCUCAGUGACAGAGAAACCGGAUGUGGUUGUGGCGUCACCCACUGGGGAGCGUAGGAACUGGACCAUACCAGCACACUCCAUCCACGGCUCUGGGGCGCAUAGGAAACAACACCACGAUCUUUUACGCAGGACUUCUACUGCUUCAGUGGACUGGCCAUUAUGGCCUGGUGAGGAGGGCCGUAGGAAAUCGGAAACCCCCCUGGGCACUCACGAUCCUCGUACGGCUGUUCAGCUCCGCACUGCUCUGAAGAGACUCAAGGAGAUCAUGGAGGGAAAGAGCCAGGACAGUGACCUGAAGCAGUACUGGAUGCCAGACAGCCAAUGUAAGGAGUGCUACGACUGCAAUGAGAAAUUCACCACCUUCCGCCGCCGCCACCACUGCCGGCUCUGCGGCCAGAUCUUCUGCAGCCGCUGCUGCAACCAGGAAAUCCCUGGCAAGUUCAUGGGCUACACGGGAGACCUGCGGGCCUGCACCUACUGCCGUAAGAUCGCUCUGAGCUACUCCCACUCUGCAGACUCUGGCUCCAUAGGGGAGGACCUGUCUGCUCUGUCUGACUCCUCCCCCUGCUCCACCUGCGUCCUGGAGCCCAGCGAGCCUCGCACCCCGGUCGGUGGACGGAAGGCCAGCCGCAACAUCUUCCUAGAGGAGGACCUGGCCUGGCAGAGAAAAACUCCCAUUGGGAUGAGAAAGAAUUUGAUUCACCAGGAGUCUCAGAACAGUGGCAUGAAUUCUAGACGGAGCACGCUACAAGAGGAUGGAGGCAAGUCCCCAAUAAGGAAGCGGUCAGCCAGUGUGACCAACCUGUCCCUCGACCGGUCUGGCUCCUCCAUGGUGCCCUCCUAUGACAGCUCAGUGAGCCCCCAGACCAGCAGGGCCAUGCCAAAACCUGACCACAGCGAAGAGGAGAGGAAGAUACUGUUGGACUCGUCCCAGCUCAAAGACCUGUGGAAGAAGAUUUGUCACAACACUACUGGUAUGGAGUUCCAGGACCACCGCUACUGGCUCCGUACAUACCCCAACUGCAUUGUGGGGAAGGAGUUGGUCAACUGGCUGUUAAGGAAUGGAACUAUCUCCACCAGGGCACAGGCGAUAGCCAUUGGUCAGGCUCUGGUAGAUGGUCGUUGGUUGGACUGUGUCACUCACCACGACCAACUGUUCAGAGAUGAGUAUGCUCUCUAUCGCCCACUCCAGAGCACAGACUUCUCUGAGACCCCGUCUCCUGACAGUGACAGUGUCAACUCUCUGGAGGGACACUCAGAACCUUCCUGGUUUAAAGACAUCAAGUUUGACGACAGUGACACAGACCAGGUGGCUGACGAGAAUGACUAUGUCAUGCCCAGUACGCCCAACUCGUCCAGUCCUAGUAAGAGGACGUCAGUCAGCAGUUUCCAGUCAGCGGUGGACAGUGACUCUGCUGCCUCCAUCAAUCUCAAUAUGGAGCAGGACAAUGUCAACUUCCACAUCAAGAAACAGUCCAAGUACCCUCAUGUACCCCCGCACCCUACGGAGCAGAAAGAGUACCUGGUCUCAGAGGACGGAGGACAGAAUAUCUCCAUUAGCGACGCCUUCAUCAAAGAGUCCCUGUUUAACCGUCGUGUGGAGGAGAAGGCUAAAGAGAUGCUGUUCACUCCUCUGGGCUGGCACCACAGCUCCCUGGACCAGCUCAGAGAGGAGAACGGAGAGAAGAAGGCCAUGGAGAGGCUACUCUCUGCCAACCACAGUCACAUGAUGGCGCUGCUGCAGCAGCUGCUGUACAGUGAGUCCCUGUCCCUCUCCUGGCGUGACAUCAUUGUUCCCGUGGUGAGGCAAGUGGUGCAAACGGUGCGGCCGGACGUUCGCAGCUGUGAUGAUGACAUGGACAUCAGACAACUGGUCCACAUCAAGAAGAUUCCUGGAGGGAAGAAGUUUGACUCUGCCGUAGUGAAUGGCUUUGUCUGUACCAAGAACAUUGCCCACAAAAAGAUGAACUCGUACAUCAAGAACCCCAAGAUCCUGCUGCUGAAGUGUUCCAUAGAGUAUCUCUAUCGAGAGGAGACCAAAUUCACCUGCAUUGACCCCAUCGUGCUUCAGGAGCGUGAGUUUCUGAAGAACUAUGUGCAGCGUAUAGCGGACGUGCGUCCCAACCUGGUGCUGGUAGAGAAGACCGUGUCUCGUAUCGCUCAGGACAUGCUGCUGGAGCACGGCAUCACAUUGGUCAUCAAUGUCAAACCACAAGUCUUGGACAGGGUGAGUCGUAUGACCCAGGGGGACCUAGUCAUGUCCAUGGACCAGCUGCUCACGAAGCCUCGACUGGGAACCUGCCAAAAGUUCUACCUACACUCUUUCCAGCUGGCCAACAAUGAGUUGAAGACUCUCAUGUUCUUUGAGGGCUGCUCUCCCCAGCUGGGCUGUACCAUAAAGCUUCGCGGGGCGUCUGAGUACGAGCUGGCCAGGGUUAAAGAGAUCAUCGUCCUCAUGGUGUGUGUGGCCUACCACUCCCAGCUAGAGAUAUCCUUUCUCAUGGAUGAGUUCGCCAUGCCUCCCAGCCUGGCCAAGACCAACUCCUUCCCCUGUCUCCUGGAGAGCACUACUGUUGAGGAGGAGGAGAGCCAGGAAAAUGGGACCGACCAGAGCACCCUCUCCCAGGGAGGAGAGACUGUGCUGGGGGAGGAGGAGGAGAAGGCUUCCCUUGGGAAAUCUGUAUCAGAUUCCUCCUCGCCUAAAGAUGUCCAUGGUGUAAAAGUAAACAAAAAACACUUCCUGUCCUCCUCUUCCUCCUUGGGGGCUGAGGGGGUGGAGUCAGCAGAGGUCAUGACAUCCACGCCGUUGUCCAAUCGCCAGGUGCUGCCACCUCCAGUGUCCCCACCCUAUCUUAUUGAUGACCUGGAGGAGUUGGCAGAUGAGAUUGGGUCGGGGUCGGGGGUUCUGGGGAGGGGUGAGUCGCGGGAGGAGAGCUCGGGUUCGGAGACGCCCCCCAGGCUGUUCAGAGACCCCCUGCAGGAUGACACAGGGAUGUUUGUCACAGAGCAGGUGGCCUCAACGGACGACCGUCUCAAGACGCUUACGGCAGGCUUCAAACAGGAGCUGAAGGACAUCAUCCUUUGUAUCUCCCCCUUUAUCACCUUUAGAGAGCCCUUCCUCCUCACGCCUGCUGGCCUACGCUGCCCCAGCAGAGACUACUUUCCUGAAAAGGUGUACCUCUCCCCGCUGCUCAACAAGGACUUCAAAGAACUAGACUGUCGACGUAAGCGACAACUCCUCAAAGACUCCGCCCCGUCAGGUGGAGGCAUCGCCAACGGAGUCCCUCCCCCCCGCCCCAUCCAGGUGUUACCCUCCCACCACCUUACCAGCGCCCGCAUUGCAGAUCAGCUGGGCAGCAGCCAGGACCUGGCCAAGAUGCUGGCGGACUACCGUGCCCAGGGGGGCCGCCUCCGGCAGGAGGCAGACCCCUUCACCCAGCCCCUACCUCAGCCACCAGUCCGGGAGGCUCCACCGCCCAAGCACCCCGUCAAGGCUGAUAGUGAGGAAGAGAAGCCAGCAGGACAGAACGAAAUGACCUGGGCCUCCAAGCUGGACUGCCUGAACCCGGUGAACCACCAGAGACUGUGUGUUCUGUUCAGCAGCUCCUCAGCCCAGUCCAACAACUCCCCCAACCCCUGCGUCAGUCCCUGGAUUGUCACGAUGGAGUUCUACGGAAAGAAUGACCUCACACUAGGAAUAUUCCUAGAGAGAUACUGUUUCAGGCCAUCCUAUCAGUGCCCUAGUAUGUUCUGUGAGACUCCCAUGGUGCACCAUGUGCGGCGGUUUGUCCAUGGCAGUGGCUGUGUUCAGAUCGUACUGAAGGAGCUGGACUCUCCUGUGCCUGGAUACCAACACACCAUCCUCAACUACUCCUGGUGCCGCAUAUGCAAACAGGUGACUCCUGUGGUGCCCCUGUCCAAUGACUCGUGGUCCAUGUCCUUUGCUAAGUACCUGGAGCUGAGGUUCUAUGGUCACCAGUAUACCAGGAGGGCUAAUGCUGAACCCUGUGGCCACUCCAUCCACAAAGACUACCACCAGUACUUCUCCUACAACCAGAUGGUGGCCUCAUUCAGCUACAUCUCAGUGAGACUGCUGGAGAUCUGCCUCCCUCCUCCUAAGAUCUUCAUCAGGAACCAGGGGCCAUCCAAGGGAAGCAUGCAGCAGGACCUCAAGGACUUCUCACAGAAGGUGAAUCAGGUGUACCUGGCCAUAGAGGACCGCCUCACCUCCCUGAAGACGGACACCUUCAGCAAGACACGCGAAGAGAAGAUGGAGGACCUGUUUGCACAGAAAGACAUGGAGGAGGCAGAGCUGCGUAGCUGGAUAGAAAAGCUGCAGGCUCGUCUCCAGGCUUGUGGUAGUGACUCUCCCCAGCAGCUCCAGACUGUACUGGAAUCAGUGGUAGUGAAGAAACAGAGCCUGUGUGAAACACUGCAGUCCUGGAACAGCAGGCUGCAGGACCUGUUCCAGCAGGAGAAGGGCAGGAAACGUCUGUCUGUCCCAGCCAGCCCUGGGAGACACAGACAGACAGACGACAGCAAGACCAGUGUUCUGGAGUCUUCUCCACGCAACCCCUCUCCUGUGGUACAAAAUGGUGACAAAGAGGACCGUCACCUCACUACCCUGCCCUCGAGCUCGGGGUCGUCAUUGCUAACGUUACCAUCACCAGGGGAACCAGGCUCAGAACCCCUCUCGUCUGGACCAUCCUUUCCUGACCAGGACUCUGUCAGCAUCCCAGAGGAUGUGUUUGAUGGACACCUGUUGGGCUCCAAUGACAGCCAGGUGAAAGAGAAGUCCACCAUGAAGGCAAUUCUAGCCAACUUGCUGCCAGGCAACAGUUACAACCCCAUCCCAUUCCCAUUCUUGAAUCCCAGUGUUGACGGGAAAAAUCACCACUAUAUCAGUGACCCAGACAAGCAUUACCUGAUGUAUGAGCAUGAGAGAGUGCCCAUAGCCGUGUGUGAGAGAGAACCCAGCUCCAUCAUUGCAUUCGCUCUCAGCUGUAAGGAGUAUAAGACCGCUCUGGAUGAGCUGUCAAAGACAACGGGGAAGGCUGGAGGCGAGGACACCACCCAAACCAUCAGCUCCGGAGAGAGCCGGGCCAAGAACAGCCCAGCCAAGCCCAAUGAGACGGCCUCCUCCCAGAUGGGUCCGUGCCGCAGCAGCAUGGACGCUGACCCUCUCAAAGAUGCAGACAUAGGAGACAAGCACAAGAAGUCAGCCGGAAACCCUCAUAUCGAAUUACAGUUCUCUGAUGCCAAUGCUAAGUUCUACUGCAGGAUCUACUAUGCAGAGGAGUUCCACAAGAUGAGAGAGGAGAUCAUGGACAGUACGGAGGAUGACUUUGUCCGCUCGCUCUCCCACUGCGUCAACUGGCAGGCCCGCGGCGGCAAAUCUGGGGCCGUCUUCUACGCCACCGAAGAUGACCGAUUCAUCCUGAAGCAGAUGCCCAGACUAGAGGUUCAGUCCUUCCUGGACUUUGCCCCUCACUACUUCACCUACAUCACCGGAGCUGUGCAGCAGAAGCGACCCACUGCCCUGGCUAAGAUCCUGGGUGUGUACCGGAUCGGCUACAAGAACUCCCAGAACAACUCUGAGAAGAAGCUGGAUCUGCUGGUCAUGGAGAACCUGUUCUAUGGCAGGAAGAUGGCCCAGGUGUUCGACCUCAAGGGUUCUCUGAGGAACCGCAAUGUUAAGACCGACUCUGGGAAGGAGAGCUGUGAGGUGGUUCUGCUGGAUGAGAACCUACUGAAGCUGGUCCAUGACAACCCUCUGUACAUCAGAGCCCACUGCAAGGCCAUCCUGAGGGCGGCCAUACACAGUGAUGCCUACUUCCUGUCUAGUCACCUGAUCAUAGACUACUCUCUGCUGGUUGGACGAGAUGACACCACAGACCAGCUGGUGGUGGGAAUCAUAGAUUACAUUCGGACAUUCACAUGGGAUAAGAAGCUGGAGAUGGUGGUGAAAUCCACAGGGAUCCUGGGAGGGCAAGGUAAGAUGCCCACAGUGGUGUCUCCGGAGCUGUACCGAUCCCGUUUCUGUGAGGCCAUGGACAAAUACUUCCUCAUGGUGCCUGACCACUGGACAGGUCUAGGGGUCAACUGCUAACUGACACCAGGGAGCUAGCCUGAGUCCCAGAUCUGUUUGUGUCGUGUAGCCAAUUCCUAUGUCAUUGUCACGGCAUGUUUGGCACCACAGCAUAAACGGGUCUGGGGCUCCGCUGCUAGCUGCAGAACACAAUGCAGAAAAACCCUUUGCCCAAUAAGGAACUAUAAAAGCAUACUGGAUGGAUUGAUGAAGAGUAAUGCAAGGCCAGUAUACAACGACUCAAUCAUUCCAUAAUAAUAAUACUAUUUACUAGACUGUAAACGAGUGACUCUUCAGUAUUAUUGGAAGUCAUGACUGUCCAGUAAAAGCUGGGCCCUAAUAAUAGGCCGGAGUUUAUCCUGGCAUGGAAAGAACUUAAUCAUGAUUAUCUCCCUGAUGGGAUUAAUGAUCUUGAUGUGUCAAACUGUUUCACGCGGGCACAGUGAGAUGGCACUGGAAAAAUAAAUCUUACUUGGUGGUCAAUGUGAUGUAAAUGUACAGAGAGUAUGUAAUUAAAGAUUAACACUGAUUUCACAAAUGUUUUAAACCUCAGUGUCAAUGA